AUGGCCUCGGCUGCCAUAUCACCGACAGAAGACGACGAAUUGACUCUACCACGUGCGUCAAUCAACAAGAUGAUCAAGGAAAUUUUACCACACGUACGCGUAGCAAACGAGUCCCGGGAAUUGAUAUUAAACUGUUGCACGGAAUUUAUUCACUUACUUUCCUCCGAAGCGAAUGAAAUUUGCAAUCAGCAGCAGAAGAAAACAAUCAAUGCCGAACACGUGCUUCAAGCGCUCGAAAAGCUUGGAUUCGGAGAUUACAGCGCAGAAGCUGAGGCAGUCUUGCGAGAUUGCAAAGCUGUUGCGGCUAAGCGAAGACGACAGAGUACCAGAUUAGAGAAUUUAGGAAUUCCGGAAGAAGAACUCCUUAGACAGCAACAAGAAUUGUUUGCAAAAGCAAGAGAAGAACAAGCAGUUGCUGAACAACAACAGUGGCAACAAUUGCAAGCAGUUGCACAAAUGGCCUCGAUGCAGCAGGCUGACAGCGAACAAGAAGAUUAUUCGUAA